AUGGCAAUCUUUUCAUCUUUGGCGGGGUUUUUCAACCGCAACAAGAGAAGAAUAUUCAUCACUUCUGCAGUCACAUUUUCCAUCUAUAUACUUGUUAAUGAGUUUGUAAUUAAAAAGUUUAGGAAUUACCAAAAUGCUUUACGACAAGAGUUUAUGUUUAAGCAACAGAUUAGACAACGGUUCAUCCUGACACAACAAGAUUGUUAUUACACGAUUUUAGCCUUGCUCCCAGUGUUGGCACAGCCAAUAGUCGAUGCAUUACCGGUUGAUUUGAUAACACAAGCAUUGAGGUUGAAAAAAGGUCAACAAAACCAGCCGCAAAAAGUUGUAAGCGGCACUAAUAGUGAGUUGACUGCAGAUAACCUUAAUCUUUUGGAUAACAACAACAACCCUCAAUCGCAGUUGUCGGCAUAUUUGAACAAGAGCAAAGGUGAGUUGUGGAACUUGUUGAAGAUCAAGACAAUUACCAGGACAUUGACUUUGAUGUAUUCGUUGUCAGGAUUGUUGUUGAUUAGCAGAUUGCAAAUGAACAUUUUGGCAAGAAGGUCGUAUUUGGAAUCGGCAAUAGUUAUGGCUGGAGUAAAGAACCCAAAUAAUGACAUUGACCCACACGAGAAUUACAUUAUUGAACAGAGUUAUCUUUCACUCAGUUGGUGGCUCUUGAAUAAAGGUUGGGCCAAUUUGAGCUCGUUGAUUGAGAAUUUGGUUAUUGAGAAAUUUGAAAAUGUUAGUCCAAAGACAGAGAUGGGGGUCAUUGAUUUUGAGCUUAUUUUGACUGAAAUCAUUGAAGAGAUUAAUACUAAUAACAAGCAGUUUGUUUUGGACAACUUGUUUCCUAUUAAAUACCCCGACUUGUUGGAGACUAUAUUGAAUACCAAUUCGGAUGUAAUACAUCAGUUGGAUGCUCCAGACUCAAACUUGACAAAGUUGAUCAACGAAACUAGCUCAAUUAUGUCUGAUAACAACUUGUACUUUUUUGACUUGUUGAAUCAGUUGAUAGUCACCAAUUUGCAUACCCUUACAUCCAACCUUUCUUCAAACUUGUCCACCACCUCAAACAGCUUAAUGAUGAGUGAUACAUUGCCAGAUCAACAAAACCAACAACUUCAGUCAUCCAAAAUUAUAGAGUUGGACAAUAAGCCAUACAAGCUUGCCAGUUUCCUAGCCCAAUUAUCGGUCCAAAACGGUAUUAUGAUAAAUAAUGACGAUGCUGGGCCGGACGAAGAAGAUGACUUUGAGGGCUUGAUCAAAAGUUUCAACAAUGGGCAGGGCCUUGCAAGCAAUGGCUAUGGUGCUCACGAACUUAGCGGGAAUGUAUACAUAAACACGUUGAACAAUUUAGAUGAACUAGAGAAUUUUAGUGCUGGUAUAUACUCAAAUUUUGAGUGA